CCAACCUGGGCCCCAUGACUGUGUGUAGACCCUCCUGGCCUUGGCCAGGAGGGCGUGUGUACCAUGCUGGGUCCCGGGAUGACCCAGGCAAGGCAUGGUGGUGGUGGUGGUGGUGUAUAGGACCCUCCUGCGUAUUGUUCACCGACCCUGGGCCUACAGUGGGCGUGUCCAGGGUCGGUGUUGGUGCUUAGUUGGCGUCCUCCCAAUUUCGAAGGGCGGCCUCAGCUACCUCGGGGAGGUCUGGAUCAUGCUGCGCUGGACCUGGCCGCUCCUGCUGGGCAACACGCUGGAAUGGUACGAGUUCGGGGUCUACGGGUAUGUCGAGGCGGAGAUCUCCGACAACUUCUUCGGGGGCUCUCAGGAGGGCGGCUGGCUCGGCUUCGCGGUGACGUUCGUCGCGCGGCCGGUGGGGGGCUUCCUCCUCGGCUGGGUCGCGGACAGAUGGAGUCGCAAGCUCGCCGUGAACCUGUCCCUGGCCGGCAUGAUUGUGGCGACCGUGGGGCAGGGCCUGCUUCCUGGCGAGCACUUCGGCAGGGACCUCAAGGGCCUCGGCCUUGUGGGGCUUGUCUUCUGCCGGGCUCUGCAGGGCCUCUCCGUUGGCGGGGAGAUCGGGGCCAUCUCGAGCUGGCUGAUGGAGGCCUCCCCGCUGGCCAGUGUCGGCAUGGCCGUGUCGAUGAUAUCCGUUGGGAGCCAGGUUGCGUGGGCCUUCACGAGCUGCUUUCUGGCGGUGCUCAGCUCGGCCGUCGGUCCCGAGGCCAUGCUGGUGUGGGGCUGGAGG